AUGUUUGGAUGUUUUAAUCGGAAGUUCAAGAUUAGCGACCUGGGUCCACCGCAAGACGUAAUAGAGGUCUUCAGAUUGUAUUCCACGGAUGGGUCGGAGAUGUUGCCGGAUAAAUUUUUACUGUUCUUAACGGAGUUCCAGGGAGAAGAAGGGAUCACCAUUGAGGAUGCGCAGCAGAUUAUGGAUCGGGUGCUCGAUUUGUCAACCUCCCAUUUGACUCGCUACGCUUUCACUGUCAAUGAUUUUUUUCAUUAUCUAUUAGAUGAAAUCAACGGGCCCCUAAAAACUCAGGUACAUCAGGAUAUGACCGCUCCAUUGCAACAUUAUUUUAUAUACACCGGUCACAACUCAUAUCUCACCGGAAAUCAACUCAGCAGCGAUUCUAGCGAAGUGCCAAUCAUAAGGGCUCUUCAAAGAGGUGUUCGGGGAAUAGAACUUGAUUUAUGGCCAAAUAAUGCAAGAGAUGGAAUACAUGUACUUCAUGGCAGGACGUUGACAACUCCAGUAACACUUCUUAAAUGUCUAAAGUCUAUCAAAGAGCAUGCUUUUGUACAAUCUCCGUAUCCUGUUAUUAUCACUUUAGAGGAUCAUCUUACACCGAGUCUUCAAGCUAAGGUUGCAGAGAUGGUCACAAGCACGUUUGGGGAUAUGCUAUACUUCCCACACCCGAGUGACAAAGAUGAAUUCCCUUCGCCCGAUGAAUUAAAAUAUCAUAUUAUUCUUUCAACAAAACCCCCCAAAGAAUACCUUCCAUCCAAGAACGCGCACAAAAGACGUUCAUCCGUGGAUAAAGAUUCAUCUGAUGAUGAGUGGGAAGAUCUUAGACAGAGCAACAGUGAUCAGGAUGAUGACGAUGAUGAUACUUACAGUAUAAGUGACAGAUCAUAUUUCUGUCCAAGCAGCGACAGAUGCAGUGCAAGCUCUAGCACUCAUAGGAUGUCCGACAUCCUUGGUGUGGAUUAUGAAGACGAUGAUAAUGAAGAUGAAAAAUCAGGGCAUCAAACAGCUCUCGAGUACAAACACCUCAUCGCAAUUCAUGCCUCUAAGCCUAAAAAAGGAACAAGAAAAGCGCUAAUGGAUGAACCUGGGAAAGCUAAGCGUCUUAGUGUGAGCGAACAAGCCCUUCAAAGAGCUGCCAGUCUUUAUGGAGCUGAUAUAGUCAGAUUCACGCAAAAGUAUAUCCUUCGGGUGUUCCCAAAGGGAACACGGGUUACCUCAACGAACUUUAGACCACUUACUGCAUGGAUGCAUGGAGCUCAAAUGGUCGCCUUCAAUAUGCAGGGUUACGGAAGAUCGCUUUGGAUGAUGCAUGGGAUGUUUAGAGCGAAUGGAGGGUGUGGUUAUGUUCGAAAGCCUGAUUUUCUUAUGCACAAGGGUCCUAAUGGCGAAGUAUUUGAUCCCAAGGCAACAUUACCAGUGAAGACAACUCUAAAGGUGAAAGUAUAUAUGGGCGACGGGUGGCGAUUGGAUUUUAGCCAGACUCACUUUGACGCAUACUCACCACCAGAUUUCUACACAAAGAUAAAUAUGCGUGGGGUGGCGGUUGAUGUGUCCAAGAAGAGAACUAGAGUGAUUGUAGAUGAUUGGACACCGACAUGGAAUGAAGAGUUCACAUUCCCAUUGAGAGUGCCAGAGCUAGCUUUACUUGAGAUCCUUGUACAAGAAUAUGAUGUAGACAGAGCUGACUUUGCUGGUCAAACGUGUUUGCCUGUAUCAGAGUUGAGACCUGGAAUUCGUGUCGUUCCACUACAUAACAAGAAGGGAGAGAAAUUUAAGUCAGUAAAGCUUCUUAUGCGGUUUCUCUUUGUAUGA